GCCACACUGACACCAUUACCGGUGUAAUGUAUAAUUGCAAAGAUGAACAUUUGGCAUCUAUCAGCAUGAAGGGAGAUCUCAUUCUUCAUAAUCUUGCUUCUGGAGCAUGUGCUGCUGAACUUAGUGAUCCAAAUGGACAGAUUGCUGUCCUUCUCAUCAACUAGGGCGCUUUUAAAUGGAGUGCCAGGAGAGGAGAUCAUACAUCACCGUGGUCUCAGGCGGGGAGACCCCCUUUCCCCCAUGCUAUUUAUAUUGAUAAUGGAUGUAUUCAACUCCUAAAUCAGUCGAGCAUGAUAGGAUGGUCUAUUACAACCACUCUCUAUUUGGGGUCUACAACAUCGUGUUUCAUUAUAUGCUGAUGACGUGGUCGUAUUCCUAAGGCUACUUGCUGAAGACAUGGACUUGAUUAAGCAAGUACUAGAGGUGUUUAGCAUCGCUUCGGGAUUUAAGACCAAUAUUCUUAAGAGCUCUGUGAUGCCAAUUCAAUGUAAGGAAGAUCAGUUGCCUUGUCAAGUAAAGAAUUUCCCAUGUACUUAUUUGGGGCUCCCUUUAUCCCUUAAAAAACCUACUAAAGCUAAGUUGCAGCCCCUUGUGGACAAGGUGGAUGAUCACCUACCAGCAUGGAAAGCUUCUAUGAUGAAUAAGGCUGGAAGAUUAACUAUGGUUCGGGUUGUCCUUACUGCUACUACCAUAUAUCGGAUGACUGCCAUGGACCUCCCUAAAUGGGUGCUCAAAGCUAUUGAUAAGAGAAGUGGAUUUCUUUGGAAAGGACAGGAGCAUGCCAAUGGUGGUAAUUGUCUUGUCUCUUGGCGGAGAGUGUGCCGACCGAUCCAAUUUGGUGGCUUAGUUAUUCAUGAUUUGGCUACUCUUGGCUGGGCUCUUCGCAUGAGAUAGCUAUGGCUAUGAAAGACGGAGCCAUCUCGGCCUUGGGCAUGUUUGCAAGUACAAGUUCAUCCAAAUUCGAGAGCUUUGUUUGCUUUGGCCACUUUGACCUUGGUAGGUGAUGGUUCAAACACCAAAUUCUGGACUGACUAGUGGUUGCAUGGGAGGACACUCAUAGAGCUUGCCCCAAACCUCAUUAGACUUGUUUCUCGGUGCAUAAGCACCCAAAGGACAGUGGAAUAGGCGCUGGAGAACAGAAGGUGGGUGGCUGACAUUACAGGGGCUCUCUCUGUUAGGGCAUUGGAAGAAUAUCUCCAGGUUUGGGACUUGGUUGAAGGGUUCGUGCUCCAACAAGGUGUCCAAGACCAGCAUGUAUGGAAACUAUCUGGCUCCGGGGUAUACACUUGUAAGUCAGCUUAUGGUGCUUUCUUUGAGGGGUCCAUCAGAUUUGCACCAUGGAGACGUAGAUGGAAGAGUUGGGCGCCUCCAAGAUGUUCUGAGAGUGCUUGAUUAUUCACGAAACAAUAGGCAUUUAUUGGUCACAGCUGGAGAUGAUGGUUCUGUGCAUCUUUGGGAUACAACGGCAAGGUCUCCGAAGGUGUCAUGGCUGAAGCAACAUUCUGCACCCACAAGUGGUGUUUGUAUCUCGUCGUCCAGCGAUAAGAUAAUUGCUACAGUUGGCCUGGACAAGAAGUUAUACACACUAGAUUCAGGGUCGAGAAGACCAACACACACUAUUCCUCAUGAGGCCCCAUUCUCCUCAUUGGCAUUCAAUGAUGAUGGUACUAUAUUAGCAGCAGGCACAAAUAGUGGGCGCGUUGUAUUCUAUGAUGUUCGGGGAAAACCCCAGCCAUUGACCAUUCUUCGUGCAUACAAUAGCUCUGAGGCUGUGACAGGUUUAUGUUGGCAACGGUCAAAGCCCGUCAUUAUUAAUGAGAACAGUUCUUCUGAAGUUGCUCUUCUGGGGGUAACUAAGGAAGAGUCUGUUCUUAUGCCAGAUCCCUUGCCUUCGGCCACAACUACAAGCUUUCCUUCUGGAGCAGUCACUCCAAGUCUUCGCUCUUCUUUGAUCUCAAACCCUUCUACCACAGAGGAGAAUCCAUAUAGAACUUGUCUGCUGUCUGGAGGACCGCUAUCGAAGCUACAGGCUCCUUGUGGUAACUAUAAUCUCAAGGAUGAUAUGGAUGUAUUUUCUCCAGUUGUUGAUAUCCAACCUUUCACACCAUCUAGCGGCAGCUGGUGGGAUGAGCAUGGAAGUGAUGAUACAAAAAGAGAUCACAAAGGAGAAAAGAAAUUGUCAACGACCCGGAAGUUUCCGUGUAUUGAAGACAAUAAUGAGCCACAUCCAAUCUCAGAUUGGAGGUCUCUUGCAAAUUCAAGACAGGAUGGCACCUCAUCUAUGACCACCACAUCUGUGCCACCAUGGAAGAGUGAACCGUCUAUAUCUUCGCCAGAGACAUCAACCGGAACUGCAUUACCAGAUAGGCUAACUCAGCGCCAACAAAUCUCACGCUUUGGGGCUUCAGCCUUUCCGACUGGCAGCUUGGCAUUUCCAGGCUUACAAGAUUCAGCUUCAACUGCCAGUCACUCACUGAAAGGUUCUCUAACAAGUAACAUUUUAAUGAACCUACAAAACAAGGGCAUCUUGAGCAAUGCACACUCUUCCCUGGAUACAUCAUCUGCUAGCCUUCAGAGUUCACUUCCCUCAUCCGAUGCUUCGAAGACUGUGUCAUCAGUGAAUUCUGAUCUACCAGGAGCAGCACAAUACAUUUCUACGUGGAGACUGUCAACCUAUGCUGACAGAAUGAGCUCAUCUUCUGUUUUUAGUGAAGGAUUAGCUUCAACAUUUAGUUCACCAAAAUCAAAGAAGACAGGGGCAGAAACAAAAGAUGAGCUGCCCAGUAGUCUUUUGUCAAGACAAGAAGUGGUAACCCCCUCUUCAUCUGCAAGCCUUCUAUCAAUCAAUGGGGUAGUGCCACCACAGUUGCCAACCUCAGGUUCAACUGAUCAACAGGGAGCGUCUUCCUUCUCACUUCAGUAUGUGCAGCACAUGCUUGAAGAAUCUCUAGGGUCUGUUCAGAAGUCCAUCCAUGAGGAUGCGAGAAAUCUCCAUAUUGAACUUCUAAGGCAAUUUCAAAUGCAGGAGACGGAGAUGUCCGGUGUACUGAACUUGGUACUGGAGAAGCUGGAAGGCCUGACAAAGGAAGUGCAGCAACUAAGAAGAGAGAACCAACAACUCCGGCAUCAACUUCUCUGAUCUGUAAUUUUGGAUGGUUCUUAGUUUGACAUUGUUGUGCUUUGUGGAACAAUUCAAUCAAUACACACCAGGUUCUGAGGGAGGUCCCAAUUCAAUCAAUACACACCAGGUUCUGAGGGAGGUCCCGGAGAUGAUUCUUAUAUUUGAUUAUUUGGUUGUCUAGUUCAUGACGAAUAGGAAGUUUGUGUUCGGCAUGGUUGUACAUAGCAUCCUCUUUAGUUUAGAAGCAUAUUGAUUCCUCUAUUUUUUGUGUUAUGUUGGACUGCUUCCAUGUAUUGUGGCUGUACCUGGGCGUCCUGAUUUUGGAUAGCCUAUGUGAAAUGCUAACGGAGGGAUUUGCAACGUA